AGAUUCCCGUUGAGCAGAGAAGCCGACACGGGACUCGAUUCCAGGACCCUGGGAUCAUGACCCAAGCCGAAGGCUGACACUCAACCAACUGAGCCACCCAGUCGCCCCUGUUUCAUGAUAUCUCAAUUGAAAUCACAUAAUGCAGAAGCCAUGGAGUUGAGCUGCAGCGAAGUACCUCUUUACGGGCAGAUGACCAUCUAUGCAAAGUUUGGCAAAAAUGUUUAUCUUCCUAAAGAUGCCGAAUUUUACUUUAUUUACAAUGGAUCUCAUCAGAGACACAUCAUGAUUGCCGAACGCGCUGAGGAUAAUGUUCUCCAAUCCAGCAUUCCAGGCCAUGGGCUUCAGGAGACGGUGAUGGUAUCUGUGUGCCUCUGCUCAGAAGGUUACUCCCCGGUGACCAUGGGCUCCGGCUCAGUGACCUACGUGGACAACAUGGCUUGCCGGCUGGCUCGUUUGCUGGUCACUCAAGCUGAUCGCCUCACCAGUGAUAGUCAUCAGACCUUGCUGACUCCAUUUGCCCUAACGGUGGGAGCCCUGCCUGCAUUGGACGAGGAGCUCGUGCUGGCUCUGACCCAUCUGGAGUUGCCUCUUGAGUGGACUGUCUUGGGAAAUUCUUCACUUGAAGUUUCUUUAUGCAGAGAGUCUCUUCUACACCUGGCUAUGAGAUGGGGCUUACCUAAGCUCUCUCAUUUCCUGUUGUGCCUCCCUGGGGGAGUUCAGGCUUUGUCUUUAUGCAACAAAGAAGGUGCCACACCAUUAGAUUUAGCUUUACGAGCCGGACACUCCAAGCUGGUUGAAGACAUCACACAUUUCCAGGGCAGACAUUCUCCAGGCUUCUCCCGAGUGCAGCUCAGCGAACAAGCUUUCCUCAAGUAUAUUCACUCAUCAGAGACACUGACCCUAACGCUGAACCACACAGCCGAGCAUUUGUUGGAGGCAGAUAUUAAACUCUUCAGGAAAUACUUUUGGGACAGAGCCUUUCUCCUCAAGGUUCUUGAAGAUCAAGAAGCCAGGCCAGAGGAAAGACAAGACAUGCCAUCCAGUGCUGCAGAAACUGAAGAAGAGAUUAAGAAUUUGGCGACCAGCCGAUCAUCACCUGAGAAGGAGGAUGUAAAGUGUGUGGAAAACCUGGUGGUUCAACCGAAUGACCAUGAAGACCAGGACAGUCUAGAUUCGGAUCACUCUUUUGAUGUCUUCAAAAAAUCCAAGCAUCCCCCAACAUUCUUUGCUGCAGGCCGACUCUCUGGUGUGCUGAAUGGAGGUGAUGAAGUUUAUGCUAACUGUAUGGUGAUAGAUCAGGUUGGUGAUUUGGAUAUUAACUACAUUAAUAUAGAAGGAAUCACUACAAACGCCUGCCCUGAAUCCAUGGGUUCUACUCUGGGACCUCAGAACUGCAAGCAUAUCAUUGCUGCUGAAACCAGCCAUGGAAAGUACCCACUAAGUGAGAACAAGGAAGUGACCUCAAAUACUGAAGCUCAGCAGUCCUUCCCGUCACCAUCUAGUUCAUAUGCUUCCAAUUUUAAUCUUUCCUUUGGUCAUCAUGGAUUUGAAAAGGAACAAAGUCAUCUGAAGAAAAGAAGUUCUAGCCUCGAUGCCCUGGAUGCCGACAGUGAAGGGGAAGGGCAUUCUGAGCGGUCACACAUUUGCUACACUCCAGUGUCUCAGAGUUCCUCAAGAACUGGGAUUCCUAGUGGGGAUGAACUGGACUCUUUUGAGACCACCACUGAACCAGAUUUUAGUAUCUCCAGGACAGAGUCCCUUUCUUUAUCAAGUAACCUGCAGUUGAAGGAAUCCUUGUUUUCUGGAGUCCGCUCACGUUCUUACUCCUGCUCAUCACCCAAAAUUUCUUUAGGAAAAGCUCGGUUGGUGCGUGAUUUUACAGUGUGCAAUUCUAGUGAAGAGCAAAGAGCUUACAGCUUACCGGAACCACCAAGAGAAAAAAGAAUUCAGGAAGAAGAAUGGGAUAAAUACAUUAUACCUGCCAAGUCAGAGUCUGAAAAAUACAAAGUGAGCCGAACUUUCAGCUUCCUCAUGAAUAGGAUGACAAGCCCUCGGAAUAAAUCUAAGACAAAAAGCAAGGAUGUCAAAGACAAAGAGAAACUGAGCCGCCAUCAGUUUGUCCCUGGAACAUUCUCUGGGGUUCUACAGUGUUCGGUUUGUGAUAAAACGCUCCUGGGGAAGGAGUCAUUCCAGUGUUCCAACUGUAAUGCAAACGUCCACAAGGGUUGUAAGGACGCCGCCCCUCCGUGUACCAAGAAAUUCCAAGAGAAAUACAACAAGAACAAACCGCAGACCAUCCUUGGAAACUCUUCAUUGCGAGACAUCCCACAACCUGGUCCCUGGUUGCACCCUUCUUCCUCCAUGCCUAUUGGAUUGCCCACCGGGAGAAAAGAAGCUUCCACACAGGCCCAUCCUUUGUCUAGAAGUGUUCCGGGCACUGCCUUGGAAAGAAGGUCGGGGCCAACCCUGGAGUGUGAGAGUGACGGGAACACCUGGAGAAGCAGGUCUCAUUCCGAUGAGCUGCUACAGUCCAUGGGCUCUUCUCCCUCCACGGAGUCCUUCUUAGUGGAAGAUGUCGUGGAUUCUUCUCUGUGGAGUGACCUCAGCAGUGACGCCCAGGAGUUGGAAGCAGAAUCUUGGAGUCUGGUGGUGGAUCCCUCAUUUUGCAGUAAGCAGGAGAAAGAUGUCAUCAAAAGACAAGAUGUCAUUUUCGAGCUGAUGCAAACAGAGAUGCAUCAUAUCCAGACCCUGCUCAUCAUGUCUGAGAUCUUCAGGAAAGGCAUGAAGGAGGAGCUGCAGCUUGAUCACAGCACCGUGGAUAAAAUCUUCCCCUGCUUAGAUGAGUUACUUGAAAUCCAUAGGCAUUUCUUUUAUAGUAUGAAGGAGCGAAGGCAGGAGUCCUGUGCUGGUGAUGACAGGAAUUUCAUCAUCAACCGAAUUGGAGAUAUUCUAGUGCAGCAGUUUUCAGAAGAAAAUGCAAAUCAAAUGAAGAAAAUAUAUGGAGAAUUCUGCAGCCAUCACAAAGAAGCUGUUAGCCUCUUUAAAGAACUCCAGCAAAAUAAAAAGUUUCAGAAUUUUAUUAAGCUUCGAAAUAGUAAUCUUCUGGCUCGACGCCGAGGAAUUCCAGAAUGCAUUCUGCUAGUCACUCAGCGCAUCACAAAAUACCCUGUCCUGGUGGAAAGGAUUUUGCAGUACACAAAGGAAAGAAGUGAAGAACAUAAAGACUUGUGCAAAGCCCUGUGCUUAAUUAAAGACAUGAUUGCAGCAGUGGAUUUAAAAGUCAGCGAGUAUGAGAAAAAUCAAAAAUGGCUUGAGAUCCUAAAUAAGAUCGAAAACAAAACCUACACAAAGCUCAAAAAUGGCCAUGUGUUUAGGAAGCAAGCACUGAUAAGUAAAGAAAGGACUCUCUUACAUGAUGGCCUUGUUUACUGGAAAACUGCUACGGGUCGAUUCAAAGAUAUCCUGGCUCUACUUCUAACUGACGUGCUGCUCUUUUUACAAGAAAAAGAUCAGAAAUAUAUCUUUGCUGCUGUUGAUCAGAAGCCAUCAGUUAUUUCCCUUCAGAAGCUUAUUGCUAGAGAAGUUGCUAAUGAGGAAAGAGGCAUGUUUCUAAUCAGUGCUUCAUCUGCUGGUCCUGAGAUGUAUGAAAUUCAUACCAACUCCAAGGAGGAACGAAAUAACUGGAUGAGACGAAUCCAACAGGCAGUAGAAAGUUGCCCAGAAGAAGAAGGGGGAAGGACAAGCGAAUCUGAUGAAGAGAGGCGGAAAGCUGAAGCAAGAGUGGCCAAAAUUCAGCAAUGUCAAGAAAUACUCAGUAACCAAGACCAACAAAUUUGCACAUAUUUGGAGGAGAAGCUGCAUAUCUAUGCUGAACUUGGAGAAUUGAGUGGAUUUGAGGAUGUGCAUCUAGAGCCCCACCUCCUCAUUAAACCUGACCCAGGAGAGCCUCCCCAGGCAGCCUCAUUACUAGCAGCAGCACUGAAAGAAGCUGAGAGCCUCCAAGUUGCAGUGAAGGCCUCACAAAUGGGCGAUGCCUGUCAGUCAUCCGGGGAAGGUUCUGGAGAAUCUGCCUUGAUGGAUAUGCACAGGGCCCCCGAAGAGCCAGGAUCGUCUCCAGCUUCACUAGUCACAGAAGGGACAGGAGGAAGAGGCUGUUGGGAUGUGGACCCUGGCACCCAGGGUGUGGGAACCGGCUUGGCGGUCUCUGAUGCAGGGGAGAAGGUGGAAUACAGAAGCUUCCCGGUUUCUUCACAGUCAGAGAUUAUACAAGCAAUACAGAAUUUAACCCAGCUCCUCUAUAGCCUUCAGGCCGCCUUGACCAUCCAGGAUAGCCACAUCCGGGUCCACAGGCUGCUUCUCCCGCAGCAGGAGAGACUCUCCGCCGGCGCGUCCUUCCGAGGGAGCCCCUUCCAGGACCAGGAGAAGUUCCGCAACCUGGAGAAGCAGCGGGAGGGGCUGGCCGACAUCCACAAGCUGCAAUACCAGUUGCAGCAGGACCAGCGGCGCUGGCUCCGCCAGUGCGACCAGCAGCAGCGGGAACAGGAGGCCAGGGCCGGCCGGCUGCAGGAGCGGGAGGCCGAGUGCCAGUCACAGGAGGGGCUGCUGCUCAGGAACCGCGGGGAGCUGGACCAGCAGCUCCAGGAGUACCAGCAGAACCUGGAGCGGCUGAGGGAGGGCCAGCGCCUGGUGGAGAGGGAAAGGGAGAGGAUGCGGGGCCAGCAGAGCCUGCUGUGUGGUUGGAAACACGGUCGGCAGAGUAGCCUUCCCGCAGCGUUUGCUCCAAGAAGCACAGAGGUAAUGGAACUUAAUCGAUCUGAGAGUUUGUGUCAUGAAAACUCAUUCUUCGUUAAUGAAGCUUUAGUACAAAUGUCGCUUAACUCUUACAACAAUUCGACUCUAUCAGGUGUCCAGGAUGCCACUUAUCCCCAGAAUAUAGCUAAUUCUGAUUUGGUAAGGACUAGUGAAAAUCAAGUAGAGCUCCAGUUGGACGUUUGUCAGCCCUUGGAUGUCAACCAUGAACUGUGGACAGCCGCUGGGUCCUGUCAUCAGAUACCCCCUCUCCACCCAAGCAGCAAGGAUUCUUGUAAAAAUGAGUCCAUUGGCCAGCUUUGAGAAUCUAUGGUUCACGAAAAUUCCAGAAAAUGUGUUUCAUGAAGGGCUUAAUUCAAUGACUGAAUCAACCCUGACCCAGAAAAGCCACUAGGGCUGAAACCUGUUUGGCAAUACCAUUUUUGGCCAGAAUGACCAAGACCAGAUACAUUCCUGAGAUAAAAGUAGGUGAUAGGGUGUUCUCCUGAUAAUCAAAAGUGAGAAGAUAAAGGAUCCACCUUCUCCCAUCUCCUAAACCCAGUUUCAGCAAACGUAGACUAAAAAUGUAUUUUCCAAUGUAAUGAACUUGACAUGAAUUUAUCAGCACUUCAUUUUUAAGUGAGGGAUUUUCAUGCAUGGAGACACGAACAAAUGAAGGCACAAAGGAAUGCACUGAGUUAAUAUACAGUGGAGAUGGCUGACUGGCAUGGUGGUUAAGAUAGAAGGGUUGUAAAUUAUGCCUCGGUUCAUAUUCCAGCUCUGUCAUUUAUUGCCUAUGCAAUUUUAAGCACGUAUUUAAGAUUACUUGGUGUGUUUGCUUCCUUGUGUAUAAAACUAGACUUUUGAUAGUAUCCGCUUCAGAGGUGGUAAGAGGAUUACAUAAGACAAAGCAUAAAAUAGCUGGAACUUUGGAGGUACUCCAUAGACAGAGUUAUCACUUGUUACUAUACCUUGCGUUAAGAAAGCUAUAAAUCAUGAGGAAGUGCAUUUGAAGACUUGAGCCCCUGGACUGCUUCCAGGCAAUGGCUCUGGUGGCCUGAAAGACUUACAUCUCAUUUGGGUUUUACCUAAGAAGGCCCGUCUCAAAACAUGUUCCACAAGUCUACUGGCUGUCACUAGGUGUUACAUGAUGGACAGGUCUCAUAAUAACAAUAUUGGGAAAUGCUGCUUUUGCAAUUACCCACCUUUUUCAAAAACUUUUAUUGUGCUCAUGUGUACCCAAAAGUGGCUCUUCCCAAAUCCUGGUAUUUAACCACAGCAUCCUCCUGUCCAGACCAGCAUCUUGCAGGGGCUACUGUUCCUUGAAAUAUAGUGGAGCGAACACUUGAUGUAAGUGGAUGUUGAAAUAAAUUCGUUGCCUAUGGCACACCCUUCAAAUACAUUUUUUCUCCCUUGGGAAUGGUUGAAAUCCAAGUGACAUAUCCCAACAUGAUUCACCAUAUGGGUUGUCUUUUGAAAACCAAAUCCAACGUGAAUUUAAGAUAGAGUUUGUUUACCCCCCAGGUCAGCACUUGGGCCUGUGGAUAAGGGUUUGUGUCCAGUCUUCUUAGAGAUUUUCUGGGUUCGCUUCCUUGGGCCUUUUCCAAGGUGCCAUGCGCUGAGAGGGUUCCUCCCUGAAGAAGAACAGGAGGUUAUGUGAUUGGGCCUGGGGGCCAGGUCUGGCCUUUAACUUCUUAGCUGCCUUUCCUUCUCCUCCAUCCUGUCUCCAGACACCGCCACCCCCUUUGUACGUCUACAUCCUCUGUCAGGAAUAUCUUCUCUCCUACCCUUUUCUUCCAUCUUGGUUAACUCUUACUCCUGGUUCGAGACUGAGCUCCAGGGUCACUUAAUUCUAGAUGUCUUUCCAAACCUUCUUUGUCUGGGUUAGGAAUCUCUCUUGUGUAAUCCUAUGUGUCCAGUAUACCCUUU